UGUUGAUUACCUUCAUUACCAUUAACUUCUUCAGUCAAAUCAACUUUCAUACAAAUCAAACCAAUCCUCAUACUUUCUAAUCUUCAAGAAUGGCUAUCGAACCAACUAAAGCUGAAAUUGCUCAAAUCUUUGCUUUACUCAAGAAUCAAAAGGGCAAUAAAAUGUGCUUCGAUUGUGGUGCUAAGAAUCCAACUUGGAGUAGUGUUACAUUUGGUGUUUAUAUUUGUUUAGAUUGUUCUAGUGUUCAUCGUAAUAUGGGUGUUCAUAUCAGUUUUGUAAGAUCAACUAAUUUAGAUCAAUGGACUUGGGUCCAAUUACGUACUAUGAAAGUAGCUGGUAAUAGCUCAUUUCAAGAUUUUUUAUCUAAACAUCCAGGUUCUUAUACAUCAUCGGGUGAUGUGAAAGCUAAAUAUUCAUCAAAAGCUUCUGAUUUAUAUAAAGAUGAAUUAAAACGUCGUUGUUUAGCUGAUGAAGCUCAAUUUGGAUCGGGUCGAGUACAUUUCGAAGGUCUUGCUAAUGCUUCAAAUGCGGAAGGGACUUCAACUAAGAAGGAUGAUGAUUUUUUCGAAAGUUGGGAUAAACCUGCUUCGACUACUCCUACAAUCGCUCCUGCUAGUAAUGCUGCCAAGACUCUGGGUAGUGUGUCGAAACCGGCUUCGAACGUUGCAGGAAAACCUACUACAUCUACCGCUUCACCUCAACCUCGUACUGUUCAAUCAUCUAGUCUCAGAUCCAAUAAUUCCACCUCUGGUCUUGGUACGAGUGCAAAGAGUAAAAGUAGUUUAGGUGCAAGUAAAUUAGGUGCGACUGGGAAAGUCAAACUUGGAGCCAAGAAAGCAGGAGUGACUAUCAACUUUGAAGAAGCAGAAAAGAAAGCAAAAGAAGAAGAAGAACGAAUCAAAAAACUAGGUUAUGAUUCCAAAGCAGAACAAAUCACUCCGAGUGAAACUAAUUCGAUGAAUUCUACUGUUCCUAAACCUUUACAAAACAAUACUAAAUCUAUAAGUCCUAAUUCUUCAACUAAACCGACUGGUAAUCCAGGUGUAGAAGAUGAAAGAUUAGGCAUGGGAUUUAGAAAAUUAGGCUUCGGUCAAAGUUUUGGUAUGUCAGGUGAAGAAUCAGCUACUUUAGCAGAAAAACAAAAGAAAGCUGCUGCUCGUGCUGCUUCUGGUUAUGUAGAAGAAGCACCUGGUACAAUUGCGCGUGAAAGAUUUGGAAAUCAAAAAGCAAUUUCAUCUGAUAUGUUUUUUGAAAGAAACAAUUAUGAUGCCAAUUUAGCAUCCGAAGCUAAAACCCGAUUAACUCAAUUCUCAGGUGCUACUUCAAUUUCAUCAAAUCAAUAUUUUGGUAGAGAAGAACAAAACGAAAUGAUGUUAGAUCAAGCACAAGAAAGUAUUCUAGGAGUAGAUGGAUUACAAGGAUUAGAACAAAGUGCCAGAGAUUUAGCUAAGACUGCCAUGAAAGCUGCUGGUUAUAAUAAUAUUGAUGAACUUCAAGAUGGAAUUAGAUCUGGUGCUAUGAAACUUGCUGAUUAUUUUGGUGAUCUUUCACAAAGAUAUGCAUGAAAGGCUAUAUCGAAGUAGAGUUUACAAUUGUUCUUAACAAUUAAUCUUCUCUUUUUUCUUCUUUUUCUUCUUUCUUUGUUCUAUUGCGUUCUCUUCUUUUUAUCUCUUCUCUCUCUCUUUCUCUCUCUCUCUGUUUCUAUUUCUGUAUCUAUUCUUGGUUUUGAUUCUCUUUUUCCUUUGUUUUUGCAAGGAGGAUAUGAAUUUGGUAAACAAAAUAGAGAUGUCAUACUGUAUAUGAUUUUUUUUGUGAUUUGUGAUUUGUGAUUUGUGGAUGAUGAUGAUGUGAUGAUAUUAUUGAAAUAAUUUUGUUUUUCGGAUUUUU